CGUGCUUUUUUUUCAGUGAGUAAAACAGAUCAGUCCGGGGUCGUGGCCUCCACUCGGCAUCUUCUUCCUCCCCCACAUCGCACUUCCCCUGCUUAGAUUCCUCCCUCCACCGACCGGCAAGGCCUCUCUCCUGCAGUUCCCUCGCCCAAGGUUGCACCAGAGAAGGCGAGAAACAUCGCCGUUUGCGAGAUCGUGGAGCGGUAGAGAGAGAUGGCCGAGACGGUGUUCGCUCCGUGUUUGGAAGGGAUGAAGCAUGUCAGGUCGGACAGUGGGGUCAUGCUCGCCAAGCCCUUCCUUGAUGUCUGCAAGCAAAUCUUGCCUGUCUUGGAUAAAUUUGGUGCUGCUAUGGCAAUUGUGAAGAGUGAUAUUGGAGGUAAUAUCACGAGGUUGGAGAACAAGUACUCUUCAGACCCGACAAAAUAUGAGCACUUGUACACCAUGGUCCAAGAAGAAGUUGAAAAGAAGACCGCAAAAGGUUCAUCAAGCUGUACAAAUGGACUUCUAUGGCUCACGAGGGCAAUGGACUUCCUUGUUGAACUGUUCCGUAAUCUGCUUGACCAUCCAGACUGGACUAUGAGUCAAGCAUGUACUGAUUCAUACACAAAAACUCUGAAGAAAUGGCAUGGCUGGCUCGCCAGCUCCAGUUUUACGGUGGCUAUGAAGCUUGCUCCUAACAAAGAUAAAUUUAUGGAGGUAAUUAGCGGAACAGGUGACAUCAAAGCAGACAUUGAGAAAUUCUGCACCACCUUUUAUCCCUUUCUCAAGGAGAAUCAUGACUUCCUGGCCAGUGUUGGACUCGAUGACAUGAAGGCUUCUUAAUGCAAUACACAUUGACAAUCAUCACAGAAUAUCAAGUCUUGCUAUUUUCUCAAAUUUUAUUGUGGCAUACUGAUCUUCAGAAAAUUAUAGACGAAUAAUAAGUCUGUCAAAAUGUUUGGGUGUUCAUGACCCAUAGCUACUUACAUACAGAAUGAAAUGAAUGGAUGCAUGGGAUUAAUUUUA